GCCACUCUCGUCCCAGAGUAAAUAAGGGACCGAGCGCGACUCUCCGGAGCACCGUAAAUAGAGUCCGAGUGGGCGGGGAGCCGCCCGGCACCGCCUGCUCAUGUCGCUGCAGAGCCAAGUGUCCGGCCGCCUGGCACAGCUGCGCGCGGCGGGGCAGCUGCUGGUCUCCCUGCGCCCCUGGCCCGGCCGCUCGGCGGGUGGCCCGCGGCCCCGUGGCAGUGCGUGCGGUCCCCUGGUGGCACUGGGCGAGCACGGCUACUGCGCGUGGCUCUCGGCGGGAGUUGGGGCGUGGGGGGCGGCGGGGCGUGGAGCCUGGGUGCGCACCUGGGCCCCCCUGGCCAUGGCCGCGAAGGUGGACCUGAGCACCUCCACCGACUGGAAGGAGGCCAAAUCCUUUCUGAAGGGCCUGAGUGACAAGCAGAGAGAGGAACAUUACUUCUGCAAGGAUUUCAUUAAGCUGAAGAAGAUCCCCACGUGGAAGGAGACAGCAAAAGGGCUGGCUGUGAAGGUGGAGGACCCCAAGUAUAAGAAGGACAAGCAACUGAAUGAGAAAAUCUCCCUGUACCGUGGGGACAUCACCAAGCUGGAGGUGGAUGCCAUUGUCAACGCUGGCUGCACCAGCUCCUCGGGGAGAAUGUUGCUACCCACCCCAGAGGUCCUCAGGAAGUCUCUUGGCUCUGCCUUGCCCUGGCACCUGACUCUGCUGGUCACUGCCGAAGGUGUGCGAGGCACCCAGUUGGUUCUUCCCCCGUGGAGCUGUAAAAUGGACAAUGGAAAAGCGGGCAGCCUGGCUGGUGAACAAGUGUGGGUGCAGGGACCAAAGUAUCAGAGGGGCAGGAGAGGGCUCUGGAGACUGGUACAGGGUGGGUCCAUGGAUCUGCCUGUCAGCUCUGUUACUGAGGCGCACUCCAGCACUAGCUGAGCUGGCUGCCCUGGGCUGGCGGCCUUCUCGGCCAUGCUUCCCCCAGGACGUGGCAUCCGGGGAGGUGCACUUGCCAGGCUUCUGUCUCUGCACGAUGGGGAUGAGGGAGAGUGAUCUGUCGGAUUGUUGGGGACACGAGGUGGGAAUGACACUCACUUACCGCCUGCACGGGAGCCAAGGGUUCGACACCUGCACUGUGACACCAUUAGCAUCAUGCCGAGUGCCAAGGACUCGCUGCUUCCUGUAGAUGGCCAGCCAUCCCUCCUCUCGCUUGCCUUAGUGGACCUAACACCUCUUGGUGUUAGGCAAGUGAAUGGCAAGCAGUAGCUGAAGCAGAUGUUGGACAUUGGUUUUUCCACGCAGAGCCUGCGUCCCUAGUGUUUGAUGCGGGUAUUGGUCUUAGUCAGAGGAGUCCUCAGUGGCCUGGGUUCUCUCCCCAACCCCCUGCGAUCUUUUGGGCCCUGGCUUCACCCUGUCAGAGUCGCCCACCAGGAGGCAGCAGAGAUCGCGUUUCCGAGGAGCCCAUAAAUCAGCCUUUAUUAGUGAAAUAAAAGUCGCAGGCAAUGUGGGGCUUUUCAGGGCUGCAUAAAUCUGCGUCCGAGCCUCGUGAAACCCAUAUGUGCUUAAUUCAUAUGUAAAGUUUCAAGCAGGAAGAGAAUGCGUGUCCAUUAAAUUCUAUUUGACUUGAUUAUAA